AUGACAGCGCUUGUCAAGCGAACUGUCAGCGUGACAUUUACCGCUGAUGUGAAGCAUCUGCUAUGUGGCCCAGCAGCCGCUGGUGUAAACGCCGCGCGCAAACAAAAACAACGCGAUAAACGAAAACCAACAAAGUGCCAUCAUAAUACACGGCAAAUGUUGCGAUUAUGCCGCCCCAUUUUGCUGCUCUUCUUCAUACUGCAAGUCGUGCAACAUUUGCCGCGUGUCAACAUGUUGACGGAUGACAGCGCAUCCAGUGCCAAUCAGCUCUCGUUCGUGGAGAGUCCCACGAAGCUUGUAAAUAAUAGUGCCGCCAGCGCUGGUGUUAGUGUAAAUAGUGUUAAUCCUACUCUAAGUGUUAACAAUGAAAUUGUACAAAAUGAUGUUGCAGCAACAAUGUUGCCUGCGGCGACAGCACAACCGGCAAAGCGUAAGUUGCGCCGCAAAUAUCCUGUAAAAAUGCAAAAUCGCACAGCGUUAGCAUCGCCAGCGGGGCAGCGUUACAAGGGUAAGCGACGAAAAGUGUUGCUGCAACGCAUGCAACCGAAUGCAACACAUGCAACACGCAACAUGUUAGCUGUGGGCGCGCAGCAGCCGCAACUGCAACGAAUAACCGCAGAAAGUAUACCAAAGAAUGUGCGAAGGCAGCAAGCGCAGCAGGAGAAACAAAAACAGCUACAACGCAAACAACAGCAGCGCCCACAGCACCAAAAAUUUGUUGACGAGGCGAAGCGAAGGGAAGAAGCAGCGCUGCCGCAACAACAAAGGUUGCAUCAAACGCAGCAGCAACAACAAUUUUCCUAUAACCCACGCGAAGGACAAUAUCACCAUCAACAACAGCAACAACAACAACAACAGCCGCUACCAGCACACCUGCCACAAAGCGAAAAUCGCCAGCGCGAACUUCAAAGCCAGCAUUUCCUGUCGCAGCCGCCGCUGCAACCCGACACGCCCGCCACAACUUUGCGCCAACAACAACCAGAGGAGCUACAGCAUCAUUACGUCGGCAAUUCAAGCAGCAUAACGUCUAGACAGCAUUAUAAUCAUCAGCAGCAGCAACAGCCCCAGCCACAGCCGCCCCAGCACACUGUUUACGAUACCACAACCAUACAGAAUCGCCAAGAUCACGUUGUCAUACAGGGCAACACCGACAUUGUGGUGUAUCGUAAUAUUGGCACCCUGCCAUGUCCACCAGGCGUGCGUCUGGUGCCGCAUCGCUUCAUACCAGUGCACACCCAGCAGCGUCCAAGGCCAAGGGGUAAGUCUCAAACUAAUCACAAACAAGCGCUCUUCACAUCUACCAUCAUUGCCAGUUCGC